AUGAAUUUUAUAACUUCUAAUGUAAGACACAAACACAAUAACAUGAGAUUUGUCAGCAGCAACUUUCCAACCCUCACGAUUCUUAUUUUCGGUAGUGAUAACACUUCACAAAUACACGCGGUCUGUCGCAGAUUUUUUUAUUUUGCAAAACUUAUUCACUUUUAUGUCUACACACUUAAAUAUUGUUUUCGUUUGAUGUGUUUAUUGACUAAUUAUAGAGUAACACUCGUUUUAACAAUUAAAUUGAUUUUACCACCGUUUUCGUCCGUUAAUUUAAGAAAGCAAUCAAAAAAUUUGCGCAAUCUUUACUGA